AUGCGUUUCUCCAGUAUCGUCGCCAGCCUGGCGCUUGCCGGCUCUGCCGUUGCUAGCCCUACCUACGGCCAUGGCAAGGACAACGACAGUCUUUACAAGUCUAUGAAGAAGGCAGGACGAAGCUUCAUCGGUACCGCCCUAACUCUCCGCAACGAGACUCGUGAGGGCGAAAUCAUCAAGGCCGACUUCAACUCCUUCACUCCCGAGAACUCGAUGAAGUGGGAAUCUGUUGAACCGUCCCGCAACAACUUCACUUUCGAGGACGCCGAUCGAUAUGCGGCAUACGCCAAGAAAAACAACCUUCAAAUCCAUUGCCACACUCUGGUAUGGCACUCUCAGCUACCUCCCUGGGUAUCUGAGGGAGGAUUCGACAACAAGACCCUCAUCGGCAUCAUGGAGAACCACAUCAAGACCGUUAUGACCCGCUACAAGAGCGUCUGCACACGCUGGGAUGUAGUUAACGAGGCUCUGAACGAGAAUGGUACCUACCGCUCUAGUGUCUGGUAUGACACCAUCGGCGAGGCCUUCCUUCCCAUUGCUUUCCGCUUCGCCAACAAGUACCGCGGCAAGGCUGAGCUUUUCUACAACGACUACAACCUCGAGUACAACGCGGAGAAAACUCAGGGUGCCCAACGCAUCGUCAAGCUCAUCAAGUCUUACGGCGUCCGCAUCGACGGUGUUGGCUACCAGGCUCAUCUUGCCAGCGAGGCCACUCCCACUGCUCCCGGAGCCGCUCCCGACCAAGCGACUCUCGAGGCUGCUCUUCGCGCGACUGCUGAUCUUGGCGUCGACGUUGUCUACACCGAGAUCGAUCUCCGCAUGAACACUCCUGCUACUGCCGAGAAGCUCAAGGUCCAGGCUGAUGCUUACGAGCGCGUUGCCAAGUCUUGCUUGGCUGUGAAGCGAUGCAUUGGUAUGACUGUCUGGGGUAUCUCCGACAAGUACUCUUGGAUUCCUGGUGUCUUCCCGGGCGAGGGUGCUGCCCUUCUCUGGGAUGACAACUACGAGAAGAAGCCUGCGUACAAGGGUUUCCUCAAGGGUAUCCAGAGCAAGAAGCAUUAG